UGGUUUAAAGUCUCAGUACUCGUCGAAAAAGCCGCAGCUGAGCGCAGAGGUGAGACAGAUCUGCCUGUAAGCUGAAGCGACGGGCUAAAUCUUCCCCACAGCCUGCUAAGUCGAUAGCCGAGCAGCAACCGCAGUGGGCAGGUACUGGCAUGACAGACGGUGCUAGAAGUUUCCACCGUCCUGUUCCAGCUCCGUUAAUGUUGUGUGUCAGCGGCGGCGGGAUUUAUUCCACCGUAUUGUCCCGGAUAAACAACUGCGCUAGCUGUUAGCCGGUCGGGGCGAGCAGCUAAGAGGCUAAGCUAAAGGCUAACGGCUAACGGGCAGUCCUCGGGCAUGUUCGGCUGUCUGGUCGCCGGCAGGUUGGUGCAGACGGACGCGGUGCAGGUCGCCUCGGACAAGUUCGUGUUCAACCUGCCGGACUAUGAGAACGUGAACCACGUGGUGGUGUUCAUGCUCGGUACCGUGCCGUUCCCCGCCGGCAUGGGCGGCGCCGUCUACUUCUCCUUCCCGGACCCGGCGAGCGGCGGUCCGGUGUGGCAGCUGCUCGGCUUCAUCACGAACGACAAGCCCAGUGCCAUCUUUAAGAUCUCCGGGCUGAAGGCCGGGGAGGGCGGGGCGCACCCGUUCGGCACCAUGGCCUCCUCCUCGUCCCCCUCCGUGGCCCAGGUCGGAGUGUCGGUGGAGGCUCUGGAGCAGCUGGCCCAGCAGAUCCCGGUGUCCAGCGCCGCCGUGUCCACCGUGGACUCGUUCCUGCAGUUCACCCAGAAGAUGCUGGACAGUCUCUACAACUUCGCCUCCUCCUUCGCCGUGUCGCAGGCGCAGAUGACGCCGAACCCGACCGAGACCUUCAUCCCGUCCAGCUGCGUGCUCAAGUGGUAUGAAAACUUCCAGAGGAGGAUGGCCCAGAACCCGAACUUCUGGAAGAACUGAUGAGAGGACCCAGAACCCAAACUAAUGGGAAAACUGUUGAGAGCAGAGACAUUAGCGGCUCUGACCAAAGACUGGACCCGCAGAGGACAGAUCCACAGUGCCUACAGCUUCUAAUACAAGUUUCCACAACCUGGCAACUCAGAACUUCUUCAGCGCACCACUGACAUUAGUUACAGCUUCUAAAGCCUUUAUCUGUGUCUUAUUCUGAUUAAAAUACAUCCAUUCUCCGAAGCCUCAGAAACAUCUCAACAGAAAAAAAACUCCACUUAAAGUCCAACUUACUUAUUAAUAAUAAAAACCUUCAAACCACAUCUUAUGGCUCUAAAGAAAAUUAGGAUGAAAAAGAUUUCUGUUUUAUAUCUAAAGUACAUUUUAAAUGAGCUGAAGAAAAACCAUCCCAGAAAUGUAGAAACAAUAAACUGUACGAUCUGAAAAACUCCUCACUUACAGCCUUUUUUCAGAGCUUUUAACCACAUCUCAUGGUAUUCCUCAGUGGAUAGAAAUAAAACACUUCAACUAAA